AUGAAAAGUAAAGACAUACAAACAGCUGUAAAAAAUAAAUAUGAAAACGUUGAUGGACCAACAAAAAUUUACCGUGAUUUAGCUGGUGUAGUUUCAUUAGGAACCAUUAAAUCAUGGAUUCAAAUGAUCAAUCGAAGUGGAUCCAUCAGUUUAUCAUAUUCUCCCGGUCGUCCACGCACCGCUCGGACGAAAACUAAUAUCUCAAAGAUUAAAUGUCGUCUAGCACAGAAGAAACGUGUGUCAUCAAGACGAUUAGCUGCUGAAAUGAAUAUUUCAAGAACAAGUGCACGACGAAUUUUACAUGAAGAUCUUGGUUAUUUUCCAUACAAGAAAAUAAAACAACCAAAAUUAACUGAUCUUCAAAAACAAAAGAAGGUGAAAUUUGCCAAUUGGGUAUUAAAUCAUUAUACCAAAGAAGACAACAAAAAAUGGCUCUUCACUGAUGAAAAGCAUUUUGAUUUAGAUGGUGUGUACAAUAUCCAGAAUGACCGUGUGUGGGCGGUCAGUAGAGAGGAGGCAGAUAAACAAGGAGGUAUACAUCAAAAAACAAAAUUUCCAACAAAGGUGAUGGUGUGGCUUGAAGUGUGUGGUGAGGGUCUGACAGUAAUGGUAAUUACCGAGGAUGGGACAAUGAACGCAGAAAGAUGCAUGAACGACGUUCUUCCCAUCGCUUUAAAAUCCAGUUACAAAAUGAUGGGAAACAACUGGACUUUCCAACAGGAUGGAGCUAGACCUCAUACACAUCAUCUAAGUCAAAAAUGGUGUGCUGAUCGUUUUCCUGAAUUUAUCCCAAAGGAUCGUUGA